CAUACGGAACAGAUUUCAGUAUUUGCAAAAUAGUCGUUGCUUACAGACGCCGUGCUUUGUGCGAUACACAAACUCUGUGUGUGUAGUACAUAUAUGAAGUGAAUUUAGUAUAAUUCAUAUAGUCGCUUCAGUUGUUCAAAUUUUUUUUUCGUUCUUCUUGAGUGAUUUUGUUGUAAUGAGAACAUAAAAUCGGAGCCGACUUUUUGACUGAAAAAGUCAAAGUGCAUUCAAUAUAAUCUGAUCGAAAAACAGAGUUUUGUUUUUCAUUCUUCACUGCCUAAAAUUAAGUGCCUUUUUGUGUUAAUAUAAUAACAACGAUAGAUAAUAAUUAUUUAUUAUAUGUGUACGUAAUCGAGGGAGACAAACACACACACAGAGUCAGCGAGAGAUAGAGAGAGUAUGCUCAACAAUUAUGCAAUUAAAAUUUUCGUGUACAACAUGUGAUGACAGCAACGGCAAAUAAAAUAAGUAAAACAGCGGCAAAUAAAACGGUUUUAUUUAAUCAAUGAAUAACCUUGGUUGUAUAAAGAAAACCGCGGUGCACACAUUAAGAUUACGGCGACACACAACAAAUUUUAUGAUAUACGCACAUUUAAAAUAAAUUGUACAUAUAUUAUUCACUGAACGAAAAGAAAAUAACUAAAAAUAUCGAUGAAAAGUUUAGUGUUGACGAAAAAGUUGGCUUUAGCUGAAUUUAUGUGAAACCAAAAGUGAAACAAGAGAGAGAGAGAGCAAAUUAUUUUUUUUUACAAACAAGUGAUAGCCGCUGAGUUAGUGAGUGUUUGAAGCGACAUAAAACAAAUCAAGAAUCAUACAAAAUGACAGUAACAUAUACAGCUGAAGUGGCGACAUGUAGGGGAUUCGGAUGCUUUUUAAAAUUACUCUUCAGAUGGCGUGGAAGCAUUUACAAAUUAGUUUGGUUAGAUCUAGUAUGUUUUCUAUUUUUAUACUACACAUUAAACAUAAUCUACCGUACAGCAUUAGACGAAGAUCAAAAGAGAAUUUUCGAAGACAUUGUAAAGUAUUGUAGCACAUAUAGCAACUUGAUUCCAUUAUCAUUUGUGCUAGGUUUUUAUGUGACGAUUGUUAUGACGCGUUGGUGGACUCAAUAUACGUCGAUCCCAUGGCCUGACACAUUUGCAGUAUUCGUAAGCGCAAACAUUCACGGUCAGGAUGAACGAGGUCGUCUUAUGCGACGGAUUAUUAUGCGAUAUGUGUGCCUAUGUUUGACGAUGGUUUUAUCAAAUGUAUCACCGAAAGUGAAAAAGCGAUUCCCAUCGCUCCAACAUUUGGUUGAAGCAGGACUCCUUGAGGAAAAUGAAAAGUUCAUCAUGGAAUCCUUCAAUUCAAAAUUCACAAAGUAUUCAAAACAUUGGAUGCCAAUUGUAUGGGCUUCUUCGAUUAUAACUCGGGCCCGCAAAGAGGGACGAAUUCGCGAUGAUUUCGCUGUGAAAACGUUGAUCGAUGAACUGAAUAAAUUCCGUGGUCAAACUGGAAUUUUGAUUGCAUAUGAUACGAUUAGUAUUCCUUUGGUAUACACGCAGGUCGUAACGCUCGCCGUUUAUUCGUUCUGUUUAACAUCAAUAAUGGGUUCACAAUGGUUUGAAAAUAAGACCGUUUCAGAUGGAGUACUUAAUCGAAUCGAUUUGUAUUUUCCCAUUUUUACGAUGCUUCAAUUUUUCUUCUAUAUGGGAUGGCUGAAGGUGGCCGAGUCACUGAUCAAUCCAUUCGGUGAAGAUGACGACGAUUUCGAAGUGAACUGGAUCAUUGAUAGAAAUCUACAGGUAUCUUAUAUGAUUGUCGAUGAAAUGCAUCACGAGCAUCCUGAACUCAUAAAAGAUCAAUAUUGGGACACAAUCUUACCCUCCGACGAUCUACCGUAUACGGAAGAGAAUCUUCGUGAACAACAUCCACAACCGUCCACAGCAAAUAUCGAAGUGCCGAAACGAGUGUUUACGUCGGCGAUGUUUACUGGUCUCUCGUCAAGCGCAAAAGUCGAUGAAAUGGUCGGUAAAAGCGCAUUGUCAAUAAAUAAUUAUAAGUUUCCCGAAAUCGAUAUCGAGGCGGAUGACAAUGCAAGUGGUAUUCAUUUUACCGUUCACGACCGCCGAAUGUCCAGAAAUCGCUUGGGCUCAACAAAUAGCAUUCAAAGUACAGUUGGAAGUGUUCCGCGAGUUAAUACCGUUACCAAUGUUCUACGUCGGUUCUUCAGUCGUGAGGAUCCCCGCACCCCAAUUACACCUGAAGGUUCUUUGCCAACACCAACACUCAAUCAAUCAUCUAGUUCAGUAAGUUUAGCGGGACCAAAAUAUCCGCACAUUCCACAGGGAACAAUGCGAAUUGCUGACCAAGUGAUCGAAGAAGUUGAUGAACAAUUAACAAUACAAUCGAAUCGUGGACAUGAAAAACGACCAACUGCUCAAAGCCUGUUUGCAUCGAGUAAUGAAAAACUGCCGACAAGAAGUGCACCAAUACCAGUGCCAGUCACAUCAAAUUCACAUCAUAGCAACAGCUAUGAAUACGUUCAAUCAGUCAUGCAACCAGAGCAUCAACCAUAUUUAUUUCCAAAUAAUGCUGUGUUCAGUUCAUCAGCGCCCGAAGAGAAUAUGAUCCAUUUACAAACGCCAAGCAUCAAAGUGGACAAAGCCGUUGAAUUCAAAGACAGCAUCGAUGAAGCCAACAAAGACGCUACUGAAGAAGAUGUUGAUUGCACAAGGAAAACACCAGAUUUGAACACCACCGAAGAUGAUUUUGAACAAUUACGAUUGGCGCGUGAAAAGGAACGAUUAGAGCGACAAAAACAGAAAAUUGCACGAUCGGUGAGUCAACAAACCGGCGGUGCUGUCGAUGCAGAGGCUUUGAUCGAACAAUUAACAAAUUCAAAAGGCGACGGAAUCAAUCGAAUAUCUUACAUUGAACCAAAUUCGUAAAGCACAAACAUAGCAUAGCAUACACAUUUUUUUUGUUGCUCGUUGAAAGAUUCACUCGCACAAAGCAAAUGAUAUACGUGCAUUUGCUGUAAAUCAAAGCAUUUUCUUCUCACAAACUCAAGGGGCCUAAUUUUGUGAUCGAUAUUCAAAAACAAAACUAAAAUUAAAUCUCGUACAAAAGAGUACUUUAAAUUUAUAAACUUUUAACAUUAAUUUAUAAGAUCAUGCAGAUGAUGCAAAAUCAAUCGCAUCCGACCAUGUGCGACAAUUGUAUUUAAUUGAAAUUUUGCUUCAAAAUGUAUAAAGUAACAUGAUAAAAGCUUUAUAUUGUUGAUAAAACAGUGAUUGUAUUAAUAUGUAGAAUAAGAGAAACUAUUUUGCUUGCACCAUUUACGAUGAAUCGAAAUAAAACAUGAUUAUGGAUUGAAUUUUAUUGAAAAUAAAGAAAAAUAUUGAUGACUUCACAUUAAA